AUGGGUUUGGUGAACAACAUCAACAACUUUUUGGACUCCUACCGUCCGAGCCCAACACCUGAUCUGCGCACACCCGGUGUCCAGCGGGGCAUGGGUUCCGUCGGGAAUGUAGAGGAGCCAUCAGAUACAUACUUCCGGGACGCAAUCUGGUCUUAUGAAGAGUAUGACAGCUCUUCAGGUGGCUCUUUUCCAAGCAGCCAGGAAGCAAACAUGCUCUUCACCUAUGCUCGUUCGGAGAGCUCCCAGCUAACCACGGACAACUCUUCCAUCCACACACCACCACCGCCGGAUGAUGUUACCAUCGACAAGCCAGAGCCAACUACCCCCAUUGACAUCGAUGAGCUUGUUGGCGACGACCUUACUAUCCCAUACUACGACAAGAGCCAAGCACUUCCUAGACCCCAGACUCUUGACAUCCCGCAUCGUGUCUCCAAGACUCGGGUGGUGAAGGAUGUCGUCAAGACCAACCAGGUCAGGGGUGCUGGAGCAUGUAUCAAGUGCCGCCUUCAAAGGAUUUCUUGCUCGACUUCUUACCCAUGUGAGACUUGCAAGAAGGCCUAUCCGCAGUACCAUCAGACUCCUGAGGUCUGCUGCAUUCGCUAUGAGUUGUCCAAUGUCGCAAGGGAACUUGCUUUCAGGCGUUUUGAUUGCUUGCUGAGAAAUGAAGACGCUGCUGUAAGAGAAAACUUUCGAAUGGCACAGCCAAGAUUCAGUGACAAUGUCAUUGUGGGACACAUUCUCUUUGACCGAGACACUUCCAAGCCUGGCUUUCCUGCUGUCCUCAGGAAUUACAUCUGCUCAGCAGACGGCCGCAACGUCGCACACAGGGGGUGUACCUUUGCGAGAGACCACAACAACGCUGCCCUUCAAACCCAGCCACUCAUCGACUGGGCCGAGAAUCUUGCGCCACCAGUAGAGAACAGCACAUUUGAGGGAGCUCUUGAGUCUUUUGUCAAGAUCUGUGCUAGAUCCAACUGCCUCAAUAGCUUUCGUCCAGAGAUCAGAACGCUGGCGCAAAAGGCCCACGUGGUCAAGUGCAUGUACAAGAUCUACCGCUCACGGACGCUCUACUUUUUCCAGGCCAACAAGCUCCAAGAACUACCCGGCCCUGCCCAUGCUGAGAUUCGAGGUGUGGCCCGAUCAGCCCUCGAGUCAUCCGAGCGCGACCUCCUCGCCGAACUCGACAAGUUCUUCAAGACGCAGAAGCAGAAGCUCGACGACAAGGAGCGGCCCAUCGUCUGGGCUGCCCUUUGGCAGCUAAUGCUCGUCUACCGUGACCUGCUCCGGAACAUGAAGCCCUUUGGGAACAACGCCGAACCUCUCUUGAAUGCAGUCGCAGUCUUCUAUGGUGCUUGCUUCAGGACUUCUGCGUCUUUGAAGCUGUCCUUGGAGACUCUCAAGGAUCCCCGAACCUUCAACUUGGCUCAACAAGCUGAACUUGCGGAUGCAUUCAAGUACAUUUUGAGCCUACGCGAUACUUUCUAUCAGAGCAUUGUUGCAGGUGUCGCUACUAUUGAUCAGCGGCUUAAAGACCUAGUCGUGGCUCCUGAAAUGAAGGUCUUGAACCGCAGGCCGAACAAGAAGGCGACCAAUGGGAAACUAGGUGAUGACUUGGUGAUGGGAGGUUGCUGA